AACUACCUACCUCAACAGCCGAAACCAAAACCAUUCUCAGAACGACUCCAUUCUUAAAACAAAAGCAGUUUGCUUGUUUCCCUUCAGUCAAUUAUUGAGUGUUUUUUAUUUUCUUCAUACUCAAGUUCGACAUUUUGGAAGCCAAUCACAACUUUCCACUUCUUCCUCCCAAAAUGUCAGAUCUCAAGCUCAGGCCUGAGAUCUCGUUCACUGAAACCUUCUUCUGCAGCGCUUUUGCUGCUUGUUUCGCUGAGAUGUGUACCAUACCUUUGGACACAGCUAAAGUCCGCCUUCAGCUCCAAAAGAAAACGGUUAGUGAAGAUGGUGUUAGUGUGUCUAAGUAUAGAGGUUUGUUGGGUACAGUUGCUACUAUUGCGAGGGAAGAGGGUUUGUCCGCUCUAUGGAAAGGGAUUAUAGCAGGGUUACAUCGCCAGUGUAUUUAUGGAGGCUUAAGAGUUGGAUUAUAUGAUCCUGUCAAAACUUUUCUAGUUGGCAGUGAUUUUGUUGGAGAUAUUCCUUUAUACCAUAAAAUAUUUGCAGCUUUCCUGACUGGUGCUAUAGCAAUUGCAGUGGCUAAUCCAACUGAUCUUGUUAAAGUUCGACUUCAAGCUGAAGGGAAAUUACCAUCUGGAUUGCCCAGGCGUUAUUAUGGAACUUUGGAUGCCUAUUACACUAUAGUGAGACAGGAAGGACUGGCAGCACUGUGGACUGGACUUGGACCUAAUAUAGCACGAAAUGCUCUUAUAAAUGCUGCUGAGCUAGCCAGUUAUGAUCAAGUAAAGCAGACAAUUUUGAAAAUUCCAGGGUUCAUGGACAAUGUUUUUACUCAUCUUCUAGCAGGCCUUGUUGCAGGCUUUUUUGCUGUCUGUAUUGGUUCACCUAUGGAUGUGGUGAAAUCUAGAAUGAUGGGAGAUUCAGGCUACAAAAAUACUCUUGAUUGUUUCAUCAAGACCUUGAAGAAUGAGGGAUUUUCUGCCUUCUAUAAGGGGUUUCUCCCUAAUUUUGGUCGGCUGGGGUCUUGGAAUGUGAUCAUGUUUCUGACUCUUGAGCAAGCUAAGAAAGUUUUCAUCCGGGAUGUUUUUUCUGACUGAGUAUUUGGGUGCCGGAAGACCACUUUUGCCUGGUAGUUUCCGAAGUAUACCUCCCUGAAGAGAAAGAUGGGCCCUGGACAUAAUUUUUCCAUUUCUUUUGCAGAUGAAAAAUUUCUUCCUCUGAAUAUUCAGAGGACUUGAAAGUUCAAUCUAUCAGGAGUUAUAGUACUGCACCCUCCUUCAACAGAACAAGUUCUUUCUUCCUCUUUCUUAGCACGGACAUAAUUUUCCACAGUGUACUUUAGACUAUGUGAACGUACUUGAGACAUUCAUAUAUGUAAGUUAUUGAACAUACUUGAGGCAUUCAAUAAAUAUUUACUGUUCAUGUUGUUAAA